AUGUGGGGCGGGCGGUGCUCGCUGCUGCUGGCGGCGCUGGGCUGGCUGCUGCCGGCGGGCGCCGCGGCCAGCGGCGAGUACUGCCACGGCUGGCUGGACGGGCAGGGCGGCUGGCGCGACGGCUUCCAGUGCCCCGAGCGCUUCGACGGCGGCGACGCCACCAUCUGCUGCGGCAGCUGCGCCCUGCGCUACUGCUGCUCCAGCGCCGAGGCGCGCCUCGACCAGGGCGCCUGCGACAACGACCGGCGGCUCGGCGGCGGCGGCGAGCAGGGCCGGCCCGGCAAGGACGGCCCCGACGGCGCGGCAGUGCCCAUCUACGUGCCGUUCCUGAUCGUCGGCUCCGUGUUCGUCGCCUUCAUCAUCGUGGGCUCGCUGGUGGCGGCGUGCUGCUGCCGGUGCCUGCGGCCCAAGCAGGAGCCGCAGCAGAGCCGCGCGCCGGCGGGCAGCCGCCUCAUGGAGACCAUCCCCAUGAUCCCCAGCGCCAGCACCUCCCGCGCCUCCUCCUCCCGCCAGUCGAGCACCGCCGCCAGCUCCAGCUCCAGCGCCAACUCGGGGGCCCCCCGGCCCCCCGCCACCAGGUCGCAGACCAACUGCUGCCUGCCCGAAGGCGCCAUGAACAACGUGUACGUCAACAUGCCCACCAACUUCUCGGUGCUGAACUGCCAGCAGGCCACGCAGGUGGUGCCGCACCAGGGGCAGUACCUGCACCCGCCGUACGUGGGCUACGCGGUGCAGCACGACGCCGUGCCCCUGGCUCCCCUGCCCCCCUUCCUGGAUGGCUUGCAGAGCGGCUACAGGCAGAUCCAGUCCCCCUACCCGCACGCCGGCGGCGAGCAGAAGAUGUAUCCAGCUGUGACUGUGUAACCUCGCAGGCCUCCCCCCUCCCCACCCAACAGAUUUUGAUAUCCAAACUGCACAGAGGAGAAGUACUUCCUUGGAAUGAAGCUCCCAGGACAUCACUUGUAAAUAAUUUUGAAAGGCUCAUGCAUGUCAGACAGUGUUUAUAAACCAUUUAUUUUCGUCGGGGUCUGCUGCCAGAAACUGUAGGAUGAUAUCUCCAAAUUAACAUUUCCAGAUACCCUUUCAUUCCAGUGCAUGAUUUACAGUGGCAAAGGAUUACGCUGAAAAUGCAUAUGCAUUUCAAAUAACUGUAUCUGGGAGAUAAAUGCCGGAGCCAUUAAGUGCCCUUCAGGUGUGACACAGUCAGAAGUAUUUGCCUAAUUAAUUUGCAGAAAGAGUUUUGUUACUGUACAAGACCACAGUACCUAAGAAACCUGUUUUCUCUCUUCUCCUCUUCCAGUUCCUUAAUGAUGUUUCACGUUGCUUUAUAGACGAUCGCAAGUGAGGACUGAACAGUGCAAUCAUUGUGUGCUAGAUUCUCAGCAUCAACUCCUUCGGUUUCUCGUGCACCCUAGGUUCGGGGUGAAAUGCCACGUUAUGCUUAGCCUUGCAAAGAGCAAUUUUCCUUGUCCCACAUAUUUAUGUAGGAAUUAGCGGAGUCUGAAUUGUUCAGCUCCACUUUUGGUGCACUUGAAACCCUUCUCGGUUUGAUUUUUGCCUCAAGAUCAGGAACUAGUAGUGGUUUGCACAGACUUUGUUUAUCUUUGUGAACUUUUAAAUAAAAACAGGGUACGAGGUACUUACCAGCACUCAGCAAAACUUCUGAUUCAGAUAUCACCAUGUCUGACCAGGAACAAAGUUUGCAGAGAAGGGUCAUAUAGUGACUUCCAAUAUUCCUGAUUUAACUCCCAUUUCCCAUGAAAUAGUAAACCGGCGUGCAUAUGCCCAAACGUGCUAGACCCAAACCUCACUACUGGUUUGUAAUUGAGUCUGGCCAUAGGAAAAUAGGAUUCAUCCCUCUGUCGACCUGUUCUGAAUUCCUGACCAGUGGCGGUGGCAAGCAAACACCACCUCACGCUGCGCUUGGGGCGGCUUGCGGAGAUUUUAUAUCCUUCUCCUUUUUUCUUGGGGUAAAAAGACUUAAUUAAAAAAAAAAAAAUCCGCAUUGAGAAUAACAAAACCGGCCCAACCAAAGAAUUCAAGGUUCUAGAGCUUUUUUUAAUGCAGUUGUUCCAUGAAUGCAGUAUUUCUGCAUGGUGCAGAGUUGCGAGCACGUGGCAGAGUGACUUUGUGCUAAAGCUACUGGCUCCGUUUAUUUUGCUUUAUUUGGGGAAAAGUAUCUCUCAAGUUCAAAAAGGCAACAGUGUAUGGAAAAUAAGCAGAUUGUACUAUUUGUAAUAUAUCACCCCAGACUUUUUUCUAAACAAACCAAACAGUCUCUAAGCCUGUUUUUGUCUUUUUUUUAAAAAAAAAAUUGCUGUCUACAUUUUGAUCCAUUUGUUCUUCUGAUUAAAUACUACAACAGAAGAAUAAGGGCAGACCGGAACCAAGCAAUUACUGUAACCAGACCAGAGCUGAUAAAAGGGUUCUUAUUGUCUGAUACUGUAUCAGUAUGUAGCAAUAACUGCGAUACUACUAUUUUUUUGUAUGUUUGUUUUAAAAUGACACAUACUCGCGGAACCUUUGCCAGAUCUAAUGGUUUACUCGUAAACAUGCCACACACACACAAGCAGCCUACAGAAGGGAGAAAUGUUUUUGACCACUGAAGUAGGAAAAUGAAUAGGUAAUUUAUACCAGAUCUGCUGUUAUUGGCUGCCAUCUCGCCAUUCGGUAUGUAUGACCUUUGCAAAAAGAUUGGCUUUCGUUUGGCUGGGAAAAAAAAACACACAAAAAACCCCUGGGCUUGAUCUCCAGACACGCUCGGCAUCUUCUGCAAAGCAGCCAGGCAGCUUGCUGAAGUAUUUAGUUACCGGCCUGCUCUGCCUUACAGGGGCUAAGGGCUAGAUCGUUCGAAUGGGUUAAAUGCCUGAUGACACAGCCAGGCGCCACGGGGGAUGCUGAAAUUCGGUAGGUGCAUCAGGACUGGGUGCUCCCACGCUCUUGGAGGGCUUAAUAUGCGCUCAGGCCUCAUGGAAAUUUAGGCAUCCAAGCGCUUAAAUUGCGCUUAAAUUGAAAGUGGAACUGAACCAGCUCGGUUGUCCUGACCCUGCAAAGUUGAGUUUUGCAUUAAAAGCGGGGGGGGCCUGGAGGCCUCCGAUCGCUGGUGUUUUUGGCCGGAGCUGGAGAUGCUCGGACCCGUAAGCACGUCGCCUGCCUUCCCAGCAGUGAGCGAGGGCCGCUCGCUUUCCGCCUCCGGGGUCGCGCCGCGUCCGCUGCGUGCGCCCCGAGAAGGACGCCUGCGCUGCCCUGCGGGCUUCGGGUCAUCGCUCUGUACAUGGCUCACUUUUUUUUCUUUUUUUUUUUUUAAUAUGAAUAAGUUAAAAUUAAGUCUGUAGAAAGUGAUUUACAGUUGCAGGACAAGAAACCUGAAUUGUAAUAAAGUUUGUGAGAUGUGGGUUUUUUAUGUCAUGUAUAAUAAUGUAAAACCAAUGUUAACGUUUGAUACAGCCUUUAAAUCUCUGAAAGGGCCCUUGAUUUUAAAGUGUUUCUUACAAACGAAGAAAAAAUCUCCCUCUGUUUCUUAAUAAAUACUUUAC